AAAUCUUAUCUUCAUCCAGAUAGUGUGUACAUUAUACGGUUGUGUAACAAUUAGCUUUCAACUCAUAAAACCAAAGCUCAGCACAAAAAACAGCUGACUUUACUCUUACUCUUUUAUCAGGACUGGUGUGUUGCCACAAAAGCUGUUUUGAAUCUUUUUGGCUUUGGUACAGUGGCUCAAAGUUCUCUCGGUGCUAAUGAAAUAAGAGUGGGGUUUGGGGAGGAUGGGAGACCAGUGGCCUAGUGUCUAGUGAUCUGUCUGCUCCUUCAACAUGAGGCUCCUGGGCAUCGUCUGCAGCCUGGCUCUUCUCGCCGUCUCCUCCUCCUUCACAAUUAAGAGGCCUGCCAGAGAAAAAUCUCAUGCCAUUGAUGAAGAUGGUCUCAUCAGAAGGGAUAUCCCAUUCAUCAAUAAAGGAUUGAAAACUCCAGUUGUGCAAGGGGACAUUGCUUUACCUCCUGGACGUAAUGCACUGACUGACAAGACCUACAGAUGGGACUUCCCCAUACCGUACAUCCUGACGAACGCCCUUGAUCUGAAUGCCAAGGGGGUGAUACACCAGGCCUUUGAAACAUACCGCCUUAAGUCCUGUGUGGACUUUAAACCUCAUGAGGGAGAGAAGAGCUUCAUCAAGUUUCAAAAACUAGAUGGUUGCUGGUCGAUGGUUGGAGACUUGAAGGAAGGUCAGCAGCUCUCCCUAGGUGACGGCUGCGACUACAAAGGCACCAUCAUGCAUGAACUCCUUCACGCCCUCGGCUUCUACCACGAACAGUCCCGCUCUGACAGGGAUGACUAUGUCGACAUCUGGUGGGACCAAGUCCUGCCUGGUAUGGAGCAUAACUUUGACAAGUAUGAUGACACAUUCAUAACAGACCAAAACACACCUUAUGACUAUGAGUCCAUCAUGCACUAUGACCCCUACUCCUUCAAUAAGGACCCUGAAUACCCCACCAUCACAGCCAAGGACCCUGAGAAGACCAAGUUGCUUGGCCAGUACAAUGACUUCAGUGAUCUGGACCUGCUGAGGCUGAAUAGGAUGUACAACUGUUCUGCUCCCUUGACUCUGUUGGACCAGUGUGCUUUUGAGUCCACCAAUGUCUGUGGAAUGAUUCAGAACGCAAAGGACACCGCAGACUGGACCCACACACCAAGCUCUCCAGCAUCGACCGACCAUACUCUGGUGGGACAGUGCAACAAUGCUGGAUUCUUCAUGCAUUUCCCCACCAACCUGGGAAUUCCUGAUGACUCAGCAUUUUUAGAGUCCAGGAUCCUGUACCCUAAAAGGAAGCUCCAAUGUCUGCAGUUCUUCUACAAGAUGACUGGAAACCCGAAGGACAAACUCGUGAUUUGGGCCAAGAGAGAGGACCCUAAAGGGAACACCCUCUCCACCACUGCAGCUGCCACUUUCAUGGGUGAUGAUGACCAUUCCUGGAAAAUUGCCCAUGUGCCUUUCAAGAUGGACGGCAAAUUCCGUUAUGCCUUCCAGGGUCUCCGUGGAGACCCAUCCAGCUCCCGGGGAGGCAUCGUGAUCGACGACAUCACCUUAGCCGAGACGCGGUGCCCGAGUGGCGUUUGGCGCAUAGCCAACUUCAGCCAGCUCAUAGCCACAAUGGCCCCUGGCGAGUACCUGCAGAGCCCGCGUUUCCACAGCCCUGAGGGCUACGGCUUCGGCAUCCAGCUCGUCCCCAAUUCAGAGGUGUACCGCGGGUACAUUGGCGCCUUCUUCCAUGUCACCAGCUGGGUGAAUGAUCACGUGCUGCAGUGGCCGGUGGGGAACCGGCAGGUUACCAUCACGGUGAUGGAUCAGGACCCCGAUGUGACUCGCAGGCAGUCCUUCUCCUACAGCUUCACCACAGUGGAAAAACACCUCGUAUCUGGUUCCAACGACUUUUUCUGGGACAACCCUGCAAAGGUGGGGACUUACGACCCUUCCUGUGACUGCUACCGUGGCUGGACUUGGGGCUGGAAUGGUUACUUCUCCCAUUAUGACCUGCAGAAGAGGAGCUACUUGAAGAAUGAUGAUCUCAUUCUCUUCAUUGAGUUUGAAGAUCUCACCUCUCUGGUUAAUGUUGUGCAGCCAAGAGGAGACGCUACCUAAGAAGGGGAAAAGAGAUGUACAUUUCUCCACCACAGGCUUUGAUCAAUCUCAGCAGUCAGUAAUCAGUAUUUUAGGCCAUCUUAACCAAACAACAUGCAUUUUAACAGGUAAAGAUUUGUAAAUAUGUAUGUAAAAGCCCCCAAAUCUCUCCCCAACCCUGGUCUUGCAGACACAAGGGAACACCUGUUCUGCACCAGUAAUCCUUUACAGUCACAUUUUAACACCAAGAGACAGCUUGCGCUGGUACUAAACAUUAGUUCUCUAACACUCACAAUGUGUAAUGCAUAACCCAGUUGGCCCCUCCAUAACUGAUUGUCUCCCCAUCUUGUAAACUUUAAGCUGAAAGGUAAACACUGCCUCACACACUGUGAUUGUGUGUUACGUGUCUUAUAUUCCCCAUGUCUUACUGUUUGGCCAAUGAAAGCAAAACUGUAUAAGCUGCUCCUAUUACUUAUUAAAGAGCUUUUUCCUGCAUGAA